CAACGACGUUGAAAGGGCGGCAUGAAAUUGUCGAAGUUAUCUUUCAAGUUUCUCUGAUCAACUGAUGGUUAUUUGCGUUUUUCACUGAAGAGGACUCGAACGGGAACGCAAUUACACAUAAGCCACAUCUUGGGAGGCAUUAGUGAUCUUCCAUUCAGGUACUCGUUAGCUGAUAUUACACCGCUAGCAGAUUUUAGAAUGAGUCAGCAAAAGUCAGCCACGAACCACAUGUCUGCAGUUGUACUAGUAGUGGGAUUGGCGGUGGUUGUGCAGGCGACGUUGAAUGUCAACCCAUCCACGACGACCAGGUGUCUUGUUAGAGAGUACAACAAAUACAUUGCUGUGAAAUCAGGUUGUGAGCCCCAACGCAUCACGAUAGACGCAUGCUGGGGGAGAUGUCAGACAUUUGAGGUACCGGAUUUGCUGCCACCGUACACAGCAGCCAAUCACACCAUGUGCCAAUAUGACGUCACGGAAUGGCGUACAGUUGAACUCAGUGAUUGUAACCCGGGCGUCAAUAGAACGUUUGUGUAUUUAAACGCAUUAAGUUGUUCCUGUACGAAAUGUUCGACCAAACAAUCAGAUUGUGGAUAUGGAGGCUAAGUCGGGAACACGUUGCAGACAAUUUAAUGAGAUUUAUGUGGAAGAUAUGAUGACAUUGCCUCUGAACAAUCCAAUCCAAUACUACACUAGACAUCGACUGGUGUUCAAAAUUAAUAUUUUGCCCCAUCAAUGACAUCCCCAAACAAUGGUUAAUUGAAACAUAAUACUGAAGUAUGGUUUUAUCGGCCAUCAUGUCAAAUUGUGCUCAGUAUUAAAGCGGAGUGGUCGUAACCUGCGCAAGCGCGGGAAUUGAGUCCCAAGCGACGAUAACAACACACGCUAAAACGCAAAGGCUUAUUGGUAAACGCGUGUUUGUAACAAUGAUACGCUGUGCCCGUCUGCCGCAUGCGCAGGUGAUGACUCCCCCGCUUGAAGGGUUUAGUAUACAGUCUUUAUGGUCAUUUGUAUGAAAUCGUAGAUGGUCGUUUUCACAACUAAGCUCAGUCGAAUCGACAAGCAUUCCCUUUUAACACCUGAUGGGUGGCAAAAUUAGACUGUCAAACAUAACACUCGAUUGACCAUCUAUGUUUGCCACUCGGCUUGUACAAACUAUGCUGUAUAUAUCUCAAAUUCUGCACAUAUUAUAUUUUGAAAUUUAGUAUUGUGCUUAAACCAUCUUGAAUUAAUCAAUGGACGUUCUCGAAUUUCCGUGCUCAUAUGCUGCCUCGACAUGGUAGCCUGGUGUACCAGCCUGAGUAUUGCAACAAUUAAUUAAGCUACGCAUACACACAGCUUCAAUUUGAUUGGACAAAAUCCCCCAAUUUGAAAGGCUGUGGCACAAAUUAGUUAAAUCAUGCUCACUUCAUGGUUACGGUAUAUAAACCACGUUGUUUAUAUGCAGUAACUGUCACAAGUGACCAUGAAUUAUUUAGUGUAUAAGCAGGGGUUCGCCGCCACUGGUGAGCUAUUCGUGGACACAUUAAGCACAUGUAUUGUUACACAUACGUACUUUCGAUUUCGAACACACUGUUAUAAACGAGAUUAGCUGUCAAUAUUCAUUAUAAUCCCCUGUGACCGUCCGUCAUUGUUUGUAAAUAUUUAAUACACUUUUUGGAAAUGAUACAAUCCCAAUUUUAAAUGCCUAACUCGUUGAUUUUGUCACAGAAAUGAAUAAAAAUCAUACCUAAUCAAACCAAACGCUGCAUGUACAAGGGAACGUCACAGAGAUUCUCGUGCAUUCCCCGCACCGGUGACGGUGAGCACAACCUUAUUUUGAACCAGCAAUGGAUUUGACCUAACAUUUAAUGCUUUAAUAAGAAAUGUCAACUGUUUCAUGUACAGUCACCUUGAGCUUUGCUAACUCUCUUCUUCUUACAAAUGUAUUUAUUCAAAUGUUAUUUUUGUACCUGUAUUAAUACGUGUUGUUAUUUCACUAAAACAUUCAAAUUCACCAAUGUGUUAUUGUGGCUGCUUGGUUAAACUAUCGAUACUCAUAAUCUAGUUCAGUAGAUCAAUAUAUGAGCUAGGGAACACGUUGAAACUAAAUGGAUUACGUGCUUGCUCUGGGCAAACUUGACCCUGUCAUUUGCACUAGUUAUUUAUUAUAGUUUGUGGGACUUUAACCAGUAUAUUAAAUAUUGACCUCAAGUUUACUUCGUUAUAUCCUCGUACAAGGACAUAACCUCUCUACAGAGUCUUUCAUACUUGCAAUUUACCUAGUCAUGUGAUUUUAGCUUGGCGUUGAUUGUGGGAUAGGUGUGUAAUUUACAUUUUCGAAGCAGAUCGUGGAAUGAUUCACGAUUCAGCACACAUACCUCUAUGGCGUGGUUGUUUCGUAGGAUAGUUAUUCCACUCGCGACACUAACUCACUAAAGCCACGCGUGCACUCAACAUGUUUGAUGAUGAAGGAGGGAUAUACACUGAAAGCUUCUGAGCUUUUUGAUUUAGUGUCACGUGGUGUGAAGUGUAGAGGAUUAUGGGAGCCAAAACGAACACAUUAGCGUAGAGUAGGUACGUGAGGAAUACAGCGUAAUAAUUAGUAUGAUUUGUGGAGUUAUAAUAACAAUAAGGUCAAGCUCUUUACUUUAUGUAUAACUACUUGAUAGAAAUGUGAAUGUCGCUAAAAAUCCACUAUAUUGCAAUAAAAAGUGUAAUAUUGUACUUCA